AUGGGCAACUACGUCUCCUGCGCCCUCUCCACCGUUCCGAGCAGCAGAGCAAGAGCCGUCAAGGUUAUCCUGCCGAGCGGCGACGUCCGGCGUAUCAUCGACGGGCCGGUGAACGCGGCCGAGAUCAUGCUCGACACCCCCGGACACUUCCUCGUGAACUCGCGCUCCAUGCAGCUCGGUCGGCGCUUCGCGGCGCUCUCCGCCGACGAGGACCUCGAGAUGGGUGACGUCUUCGUUAUGAUGCCUAUGAAGAGACUCAACUCCAUCAUAACUGCGGCUGAUAUGGCUAGAUUGUUGCUGGCUGCUAACAAAGAAGUCCGGAAGUCGAGGGUCCAGCCGGAUUCUUCCUCUUCCUCCUCGUCGCAAGGGUCGCCGGCGAAUCCCGUGGCGGCGCCGGCCUUGGAUGAUGUGGACGACGACGUUCCGACGGCGAUGGGGACAGGGGAGUUUAAGUACAGAUUGAGCAUGUGCCGGUCGAGGAAACCGACGUUGGAGACCAUCGCAGAGGAGGGCAUCAUCUCAAGAUGA